AUGAGGCUGCACGCACGCUUAUUUGCGCCCUCUUGUCCUCUGCGAGUCUUCCUUGCGAGCUGGCCGCCUGCGAGGGGAGCCUUUGACUACGUACAGCGGACUACUGUGCAGCGUGCAGCUACACACAGCCCCGCAGUUCAGCCUGUAGCAAGCGCGCCUACAAAGAAAUUGCAGUGUGAUGAGGCCGGCUCAACGAAGCAUGCCGCAUCGCCAGGCCCACGUUUCGACCGCAUCCUUACCACCUAUCUACGCCUAACGACGUCGGUGCCCUUUAGCGGCUUCGACAACGAGUGUUUAACCUUAUAA